GGAAGGAGGGCCCAGUGGAGAUGUGUGUGUGCAGGAGGCACAGAAGUGGAUGGAAAGGAAGAUAAGACACUAAAUUUAAGAUGAGGAGAAUCUUCAAAUCUAGUGUAAUACAAGGAGAGAAUUAAUUUCUACAAUGCUCUGUUUCCAUGCGUGAUUUGCUCGGCAAGAUGAGAGCCACGCUUGUGCCGCAGAAACACUCGCUACCCUGGAUUAUUUGUAUGGUUUUGAUCACAACUGCUGGAGAGAACAUUCCCUGCCCGCAAGGCAGUCAGGUUCACCUGACCAGCCUACGAUGCUAUUGGCUGUCAGAGAUGGCAGUGUCAUGGUUUGAAGCACAGGCUUCAUGCAGAACGGCCCUGGGAGGGGACUUAGCAGCUGCUGACAGCCUAGAACUUCAAAGUUUCUUUCUCCAUGUCUUUCCAGUGAAAACCACUGUGUGGGUAUGGCUGCAGGACUCUGACCAGGAAGGAGUUGUUCAGCCACAAAGUCCAAUAUGGUGGGACAAAGAUGAUGAUAAUCCGGGGGAGUGCACUCAGAUGGCACUGGGAACCCUGGGAAGGUGGAGGAAGGCCCAGUGUGCAGGACAAUACCAUUUCAUCUGUGAAAUGGAAGUAAAUGCGCCUUUACCAUCGAUAGACAGUUACCUCAUUGGAUUGGCUCUCAUGACCGGCAUAUAUGCAGAAACCCACGUGCAGCUUCUUCCCAGUGUUCCAGACAUCGGACGGCACACAGUAGAGAUGCAGCUUUUCCCAGGCUUGUGGUUCAGUCAUGCAGGUCAGUUGCUAUCAGUGGAACUGGUGGUCCAGCCCAGUCCUGUGUCCUCUCUGGCUCGUGUCCAGAUACUUCGGCCCUACUGCAACCCAAACUACCACUUGGUACCUCCAGGCUGCAGCUCUCUCCUUAAUCCAUUCAGCUGCUGCUCAGCAGUACCGCUGUGUAACACUACAGGGGGCUGCAGCACAGGGCAGCACUGGUGCCAUCUACUGGAGGCAUGCGUGCUCACCACCAGUCCAUGCAGCACCUACGACUCUGCCAUCAGAAAUCGGGGCUUUGCCUUACCCCCAAGAUACUCCGACUUACCACCGUUCUAUCACGUGGUGGCAGACCUGCCUCUGAAAAUAAACCCUACCUUUGAGCUAAACACCAUAAGGCUGCCCCUCUUAGAGCGAGCCAUCGUGGUUUACCCUGAUGAUAUUGUGGCUAUACAGCACACUCUUGACUCUGGAACAUUUCUACAUUGCCUAAACAGUGAAGCCUCUCAAAACUCUCCCUGGAGCCAAAGUUACCUGUCCUUCAGGGGGAUGGAGUGGGGAGGCUGGUUGGAAGGAGUUACUUUACUGCCCCAAGGAAGCAAGUGGGUGGAUGGAAUUGUGUGUAAUCUAAGAAUGCUUUAUGUGGACACGCUUCACAGAGCUACGGAGCAUGAAGACAUCUUUGACUAUACUCAGACAGAGACAGCCACUGUCAGUGGUAUUAGGCCCCUUACUACAAGCCCUAAUCCCAGUCUUAGGUCUAAAUUCCAACUUGAGGUCAUUCACCCACUCCCAGAUGAUGAGAACCAGAUUCAUGUCCAAAUCAGUGUCCCAACUGUCAUUAUUCUCAAGGCCCUGUUUGGAGAAAAAGCCAGCAGCUCAUGGUCAGCCCCAGUGCUCCAGACUGGAGUUCCGUUUCUUCCAUCCUGUCCUGAAAAUAUGUUUCAGUCUUCACUUGGCUGUAGGAAGCAAUCCCAGGAUACCUGGUUUUCAUCUGCGACUCUGGUCUUAUCAUCACCUGGAAUUCAAAUCCUGAACAUCAGUGUGAUGGAUGUGCAAAGUUUUCAGAGUUUGAGCGUGAAGGUUUGUGGCUACGAGCCUGUGACGGGGCUUAGUGUUGAGCCACAUGGAUGCCUGAGGAUGCUUGUAGAUACAUCGCAGUCAUUUACAGCCACACUGGAAAGCGGCUCUUCAGUAAAAUUCUCAUGGGUGAUUGACGACCUAAAAGAGUUUGCCUAUGAAGGGGGAGCUUACAGCGUAAUGUUCAAGAAACCUGCUGAGUAUAAGCUGCUGGUGACAGCAUCCAACCCAGUGAGCUCGCAGAGCCAGCAAAUACUCCUGACUGCAGAUGAAAUCACGCUGCUAGCUGACCCAGAGUUCCUGUCAGUGAGUGAGGUUGUGGCUGUGGAUGUUACUCACCUCUACACUGUGAGGGUCAGAGUUGAUAUCUCCCUUCCAGUUACCUUUAGAUGGGAUUUUGGGGAUGGCAGUAGCAGUGUCAUCCACACGCAGCCUGCUCCAUGUCAGGCCAUGGAAGCACAUGUGGCAAGAAGAGAGAAGCAAAUGUAUAUCCAGGAGUCGGUAAACUACAGCUAUCGGAUCCCAGAGGACUACACACUUCACGUUCAAGUCUCCAACCAAUAUGACAACACUGAAACAUCCAUGAAGAUAAAUGUCCGCCCUCUGUUAAUCAGCCUCUUCAUUUCCUCUUCCACUUUGGUGCCUGUUGUCAACCAGACUUUCGAUCUGGAAGCUUCAACCGAACCCUCCGCUUUUGUUGUCUUCUACACAUGGGACUUUGGAGAUGGUUCUAAAGCUGUCCAAAGCAUCCACGCUAGAACUGGCCAUAGGUUUGGAUCUGCAGGAGUAUACAACAUCACAGUACUGGCUAAUAACACAGUUUCAUCCAUUAGUGCCUGGGAUUUGGUGGUAGUUAUGGAGAAAAUCUCUGGAUUAACUGUCUCCAGCAGCAGAUCAAGUGAAGUUGGCUCUGCUACAGAUUUCAAAGCUGAGGUUUCUACUGGUACUGACCUCCUCUGGGAUUUUGACUUUGGUGAUGGGUCCCGGCAGGAGAAUCUUACAGAUGGUUCCAUCUCACACAUCUAUAAGUUUCCAGGGAACUAUACAGUAAAAGUGACUGUCUAUAAUUCUGUCAGCAAAGCUUUUCAGUCUAUCAUUGUUGAGGUCUAUGCUUUGACUAUUAGAAGUGUUCUCCCGACGGAAUGCAUCAUGAGUGGAAAAGACACGCAGUUUACAGCUCUGGUGAAUGGAAACGUAUCCAGUCUGACUUUCCAUUGGCUGUUUAAAGACUCAAAUGUAACUGUAGUGAUAGGACAGUCCACAGCCAUGCAUAUAUUUCCAAGCCAUGGUAUUUUUCAUGUUAACCUGACUGUGUUUAGUUCUUUCACACGUACCUCAUUUAAUACGAGUGUCUGUGUUCAAAGUCCAAUAACGAAUGUUGUGAUGCAACGCUCAAAGAAUGUGGUGGCAGUUGGCGAACAAAUAUGCUUUGGUGUGUUAGUGUCCCCUGAACAGAUGAUGGGUUACCAGUUCAAAUGGUUUAGUAACUCCUAUGAUCUUGCUGCUGUAACUGAAAACUCUGAGAGGUGUUUUGUCUUUGGAGAUGAAGGUGUUGAAGAGGUGUCAGUAACAGCAAGUAACAAAGUCAGCAGCAAAACAGCCAAAGUUAACAUUACCAUUCAAAAACCAGUGAGCGGACUUUCUAUUAGGCACAAUAGCCAAAGUGAUGCACUGAUUGUCAAUACAGUAGCAUCAUUUUGGAUUGCCAGUUGUGCUGGCACCAAUGUGUCAGUGCUGUGGAACUUUGGAGAUGGGUCACCAGCGGAGCAGAAACAUAACGUCUCACAUGUCUUUACCUUGUUGGGUCAGUUCACAGUCACUGCAAUAGCAUUUAACGCUGUUAGCCGGGACUCUACAACCCUCACAGUGAAUGUAAUACUCCCUGUUUCAGACCUUUCACUUCACACCAGCCAGCCUUAUUCUGUGGUAGGAGAGGAAACUGUCAUCACAGCAGUUAGCAGUGCUGGAAUUAGCAGUGCCAGCUACUUUUGGACAGUAGAAGGCAUAUCUUUAACCAGUCAGGGAACUCAUGAGUUUAGAUUUGCUUUCCCGAGACCAGGAGUGUAUCGAGUAAGCGCUAUAGCACAGAAUCUAUUGAGUAAAAGAGAGGCAGAUAUUUUAAUUGAGGCAUUUGAAAGAAUAGAGGGACUUCAGAUUGAAUGUCAAAGCCUGAUAAAUGAGAAAUAUAUACCAACUCAUGAGGAAGUGUUGUUUACUACUUCAGUCACCAAAGGCUCCAACAUUACUUUCCAUUGGCUUGCCAGACAGAGUGAAACAACCCAACAAAUUGCAGGUGAAGGAGAACGUUUUCAUUUGUUACCUGGAACACCUGGUAAUCUUUCAGUUCAGCUUAGAGCCUCCAAUGUGAUGGGUGAGGUUACCAAGAGUGUUUCUUUAGUAGUAGUUGAACGUGUAAAAAAUGCAGUCAUAACAGUACAGUCAAACUUUGUGGCAUGGAAGAAAGUAGUGAAUAUCUCUGUUUUUGUGGAUACCGGAUCAGACUUACAAUACCUUUGGCGUAUGAAUGCUAACCUUUUACCCCUUCAGACACAGGAACCUUUUCUGCUUUACACUUUUCCAAGUCUGGGUUCUUAUCUUGUCACAGUUGUAGUUUGGAACGCUGUGAGCCAGAGUAACAACACCAAACAGUUUUUAGUUCAGGAAGAAGUCCAAGAUGUAGACUUUCAAAUUGACAACAAGACACAUCCAUUUUAUGUCAAUGCAAGUGCUACUUUUUCCUUUCAUGGGUUUAUUCACAAGGGUAAUGAUCUGCAUUGGGACUGGAAAGCUAGAACUGCCAAACAGAACAUUUUUACCUCAACCAGUCAAACAUUUAACUACAGAUUUUCGCAUGCAGGCACCUACCAGGUGUAUCUGAAUGUUUCCAAUGAGAUAAGUUGGCAGAUGGUUUCACACGAUGUCACAGUCCAGGAUGCAAUCAAAGGUCUUGUGCUGGGCAAUAGCAAGUCCUCCUUCUGUACUAACGAACAAGUAACAUUUAUUCCAACAAUCUCCAAAGGAAGCAAUGUAAGCUUUCUUAUAACUUUCCAAAACAAACACUGGACUCUAAGUGAUAUUUUUGAGGGCCAAUACACCACAUCAAGUCUUUCAGUCGGGAGACACAUAGUUACAGUUCAAGCUUUCAACCAGGUCAGUAGUGCAGAGGCGUCCUCUAGCAUUCUAAUCACUGAGCAAGUUCAAGGUUUGCAACUUGUAAACUGUUGUUCUACUACUCUAGAAGCUCAGAAAGGAACCCAAUUCAAAGCAGAGGUUCAAAGUGGAUUUCCAGUUAACUACACCUGGAUGUUUCACUUGGAAAGGUCAAGGCCCACUUGGCUCAUGGGAAAAGAAGUCAUCUUUACUCCCUUGGAUAAUGGUUCAUUGUUUGUUAGUGUGUCAGCCAGCAAUGGACAAUGCUCUCAGACAGUAAACCUGACUGCUACAGUCGAGUGGCCUGUUAGGAAAGUAAAGCUCGUCUGUCAUUCAAAGAAAAUAUUUGUUGAACAUGCUAUCCGAUUUUCUGCAACGGUGGGCAAAGGAAGCAAUAUUAAAUAUGUGUGGGACUUUGGAGAAUCCAAGGAAUUAUUAGUGACAGAGUCAAGUGCUGUUAACAACACUUAUUAUAACACUGGCAAAUACACAGUUAUGGUCACAGUUUUCAACAGUGUCAGCAAUGUGUCCUCACAGCUACACAUAGAGGUGGAGGAUCUUCAAUGUUCCAGCCCACAGGCCUCCCUGGUCCAAAGCCAGUCUACUAUAUUGAGGUCUAGAACAAGUUUCUUUGAAGCAAGUGUGAAUAUUAAUUGCUCUUCUUACAAGACUCUCUAUCUGUGGGAGGUAUUCACCGAGUCAGACUGUGCCUAUGGCAACACUGAUAUUUCCGGAAACAAAGUCAUUCUCCAAAAUCUGGAGGAUGCAACACCUUUUCUCUCAAUCCCAAAGCAUGUGCUUAAUGUAGGGAGCUACUGCCUGGUAUUCACACUUUCAUUCCAAGAAACUCCCAUCCUCCUCAAACUGAAGACUAACAUCACAGUGGUCCACUCACCAUUAGUAGCUCUCAUCAAGGGAGGCUCCCACAGAUGGUGGUCCAGCUUAAACAACCUUGUCCUUGAUGGGUCUGACUCUUAUGACCCUGAUAUUGAGCCAAGAGUAGAAGAUGCCCUUCAGUAUCACUGGAGCUGCAUGACAGUGAACUCCAAAGAGUCCUCUUUUGUAAAGCAGCCCAUUGGGUGUACCAGCAGUAGGAUGACUAUACCAAGCAGUCAUCUACACCCUGGCACAGUCUACAUUUUCACCCUUACUGUGCACAAGGAAGGGAGGAGACCUUCCUCUAUUAACCAAACGGUAACUGUCAGUGAAGCUCACUUGCUUCCUGUGACUAUAGAAUGUGUAUCCUGUUCUGUUCGCUCAUCUGCUAACCACAUCAGUUACAACGCCCCCGUUAUCCUUUCUGGACAUUGUGGACAAUGUGAUGACCAGGCACAGUACAAAUGGAGAGCUCAUGACCAAAGUGGUCUGUCCCUCGUCCUUGAUGAGGUCACCACUAAAGGGAAAUAUUCUCGCAGCUUGGUGGUGCGAUCAGGCAUCCUUCAGCCUGGACAGAGUUAUUACUUUGCCCUAGAUGUAGCCCAGCCUCACAGUGGGGAACGGGGCAGUGCCAUCUUGAUGAUACAAACAAACAAUCCACCACAUGGCGGCCUGUGUGAUCUGAGUCCAGAGUCAGACAUACAACUACUGGAGACAAAGGUCACCUACAACUGUUCAGGAUGGCAAGAUGAUGAAAGCAGAGUCUCUCAGUUGAUCUAUACCUUCCAGGUGGCAUUAUGUCAGCUCACUGUGUGCCCUGUGCUCACACUCUAUAGGGGGACACAGUCAACGUUCAGCACGCUGGUCCCAGUGGGAAGUCCUGGACAAAGACAAACCGUGUCAGUUAUCAGAGUCAUUCUGCUUGUAGAGAACCAUUCUGGGGCAAAGGCUGUGGCUUUGAACAGAACACUGACAGUGGAAAAUCCUGCAGUCAAUGAAGCUGCCAGUCAGUGGCUCAGAAACAAGAGCCAGACUGAACUGUGGGCUUUGGUCCAACAUGGUAACCCUCAAGAAAUCAUCCCGUAUUCCAUUGCUCUCACCAGCAAGCUCAAUCAGAUGGACUUUGAGUGGACUGCCGAGGAACUCAUGGAUAGGAGGGAGAUCCGCGGAAAUGUAACAGAAGCUCUCGCCUCUCUCCCUGUGUCCACCUUACUAGAUGUUGAUCAGAUCAGUGCGACACUGUCACAGUCUGUGGCUGUUCCCAGUGAGUUGGUACGUGAAACCUCUCAGAAGAAAGUUUUGGAAACUGUGGGGAAGAUGAUCCAUGUAAUAGAGAAAGAGACGGAUCCUGCCGUUUUGUCAGCUGCAGAUACAGGAAGAAACAUCCUUAAUGUUAUAGGUAGUACUCUGGCAGCCGCGUCUGAAUCAUCCAGUGGUUUUUACCCAGCCUACUCGGGAACUCUGCAGGGAGCAUCAGUAAUCUCCCUGUCAGCACUGAGUCAUGCUGGAGCUCUAAUGCGCACACUGAUGCGUUCAUAUGUUUCUGGCGAGGUGCCUUUUUUGCUGUCCACCAACUAUAUCACCUCAGUGGGUUUCCAAGGAGACCCUUCUGAUCUCCUCUGCCAGUCAAACCAGAUCACGAGACAGUCAUCAUUUCCUGACAAAUCUAAGGCUUCUCAUCAUUGUCAGUUUACUAUGCCCUCCUCCCUGAUAGCUCAUCUGGAGAAUACAGAGUCUGAGGUGGUGCAGGUGUUGUUUGGUUUGGAUAAACUACUAGAUAACAACGCUUUACUGGAAGGAGCCAAUCCUCCAAUUUCCACCACUCUUGUGGCCAUGGAGCUCAGCACUCCUCAGGGUCAGCCCAUACCCAUUGUGGGUUUGGACCCUGAACAAGCCAUUCAGGUCGCCCUGCCAAAUAAGUACUCCUUGGAUCAUGGAAAUGAGAGAGUAGGUGAAGAUGGGAAUGGGACAUGUCUUACUGUAACACUACCGACUAAAGGACAGCUGAACUUCACAGUAAAAGUUCCAGAUAGCCUGGAUGAAAAUGCAGGUUUAUAUAUUGCCUUCAAGUUCACCUUGGCUCCAGGAGCAACUCCACUGCCUGUAGGACAUGUCAAGAUUGAAGCAAGCUCUGCAGUGCCGAGGACUAAUGCAUCCCAGGAUUCCCUGAUGAGAGAGUGGGCUCUUACACUCUCUCAUCUGGCCAGCUCCUCGGAAGAAACCAUUUUUCUGUCUCCCCUUCUGAAUGGGACAGAUACGCCUCUUUCUGUCAACCUGAGUUCAUCUCUGGUCGACGGCGGUCCAGUCAAUGUGUCGGUGUGCGUGUUCAGCUCUCUGUGCCAGUACUACAAUGUGAAGGAGAGGCAUUGGAGCCGGGAAGGUCUUCAACCACUGGAGGGCAGCACACUCCACACAGCGCUAUGUCUCACCCAGCACCUCACCAUGUUUGGGGCCAGUUUGUUUGUUCAUCCAGGGGCUGUUGUUUUGCUACCACCUUCAGGAGAACCCAUGAGGAACAUGGUGGUAGGGAUUAUCUGUGCUGCCCUGGUUUUGAUUCACCUGCUGGUGGGGCUCAUUGCCCACAAACUGGACCACUUAGACAGCCUGAGACUGAGUCAGGUACCACUGUGUGGGCGACCCGGGCUGUACCACUACAGAGUGCUGGUAAAGACUGGCUGGAGGCCCGGGGCAGGAACUACGGCACACGUUGGCAUUCGUUUGUAUGGUCUGAAAAAGAGCGGCUCGCACCAUCUGCAGAGGGAUGGAGCUUUCCAGCGUGGCAGCCUGGACCAGUUUCAUGUGGAGACAGAUGACAACAUGGGAGAAGUCUGGAAAAUUCGCAUCUGGCAUGAUAACACAGGUACAUUAUGUGGUCACAAUUACUGGACCAGACCUCUUCAGUUAUUUCCAGUUCUGUUCCCUCAGGUGUACAAAAUCAAGCACCAGGCCGUCUAGUCUACCUUUAAUGAUUUUCAAAAUAGCAAACAAAUCAAAUGUCCAGAGGAGCUCACUCUAUUUAAAAGGGUGUUCACCUCCCAGCUGAUAUUUGGCAUGGUCGACCGCCACCUGUGGCUAUCCCUGUUGGAACGCCCCCCUCACAGCUGUUUCACGAGGGGACAGAGAGUUACUUGCGGUGCCCUUAUGCUGCAUCUCUACCUGGCACUGGGGGCUCUGUGGUAUGGAGCUGUUGGCACUGUGGGGCACAGUGGACCAAUUUCAGCCCAUCUGCUGGCCAACGUGGAGACGGUUGCUGUGGGGAUGACUGUUGCUGUGCUGGUGUUUCCUCUCCAGUGUUUCCUCUGCUUCCUGUUUAGAAAAGCUCACAGUCGGUUUCUGUCUUUGCCAGAUUCCUCUGGCCGAGUCACUGACAGUCCUUCAUCCUUGCCGGAGAGUAAGGCCUUAGACUCCAGCAUCCUGGACUUCUGGGCUGCCUCUGGUUUGGCGCCCAAGAAGUACGAAGCACAUGAAGAAGAUGGCAUUGUAGCGUGGCCAUCAUGUGACAGCCUACUCAGUCUACCAGUGGGUUCAAGCCCCUCCAAGCCAACCUUAGCCCCUGACCCCUGCAAGGCUUCAUCUGCUCGUCAGCUAAAGCGGAAAAAGGCCUUGAUGCAGCUUCACUUGACACCGCACAAAUCCCCAGAUAUGAACUCCAAUCGAGUCCAAGUUCACAGCAACAAUCUGACAACACUUCUUACUCUUUCCGAGGAGGAUUUACUCAUGUCUAUUGAAGCAGCAGACGACACAGCAGAUGCUAAAAACAGCAACUCAGACAGUGGGUGGGAUUCUCCGAGAACAACAUCCUCAGUCUCAACCAUGCGGAGCACCUCCUGCAGCAGUUGGUCAGAGCACAGUGAGGAUAACUCCCAGUAUGGCACUGGACUCUAUGAGUGUCCAUCUGUAGACUCGAUGGCAAGCACCUUCCUGCCAAGCACUUCUCCUGACUCCACAUGUUCCUUCUACACAACACGCAUAGGUGUUGCUCGGAGUCAGCCAGGCAGGCUACUUCCUCGCUGGGCGCUGCGUGUCAUUUAUCCUCUGCUCGCUUUGCUGCUUGGAGCGUGUCUGGCUGUGAUGGGACUCUAUGGAAGCUGCUUCUCCAGGACAGUAGUACUCAUGUGGCUGGUAUCAGCUCUUUCUGCCUUUCUCACCUCUGCUCUGCUGCUGGAACCUCUCAAGGUGUGCGUGCUGGCCUUGAUCUACACAGUCCUGUGGAGACCUGUGGAUCCAGAGGUGGAGGAGCAGCUGGCUCAGGAGGCCACUGUGGUGAGGCCGUUUGGAGAGCAGAGCGGGAAGGUCCGACCGCCAUGCGGCUACGGCCUGCUGCAGGCGAAAGAGGAGGCUCGCAAAGUCCGAGCACUGCAGUCAAUUAUGAGGCAGUGUGUGUGGCAGCUGUUAUUUCUGUUGCUGGUGCUGAUGGUGAACUACCAGGAUGCAACUGAGCAGAGACAGGCCAGGCUUCUGCACUCCACCAUCAAACGACGUCUUCACGCAUCACCCUUGGGGUUUCCCAACCUCACCUCACUCAAAGACUGGUUUGACACAGAGCUGUGGAUCAAUCACACCUUGGUGCCACAUCUCCACCAAAACCCCUCACUGCGACUCGUGGGCUUACCGCAGCUGCAGUACGCACAUGCACUCAGUAGCCAGGCGGUUCACCUUCAGUCAAACAACAGUGGAACGAUACCCGAGCUCCUCACUGCCCUUCACAUGGCAGGAAGAAGCAGGAAACAGUUUGAAGCUCUUUCUAUAGAGUUCACUCAGUACCACAGAGAGUCUGCUUUAUUUCUGUGCGUGUGCAUAAAACUUGAGCAGACUCGGACACAAACCAUCACAUCUUGUCUCUCUAUCCAUCCACUCCUCAUCCCUUUAUCCGUGUCAGGACUGGACCUGCAGACGGCACUUCCGAUUCUUCUGCUCAUCUCUGCUCUCCUGACUGUACUUGGGGAGCUGUGGUCUGUGGCCACUGAGCGCACCCAGUAUCUGCAUCAAUGCCAUCACUGGCUCCAGCUGCUCCUUGCCUUCUUGUUGCUGACAACAGCUAUCCUGCAGCUCCGCUUCCUGUCUUGUGCGUCGUCAUGUGUUUCCCAGCUGCGGUCCCAACCAGACAACUUCAUCAACUUCCACAGUGCUGCCCUUCUGUCACAAAGGUCCUCUCAGUGUGCAGCCAUCCUGCUCACUCUGCUUGUUCUAAAGCUGCUGGGAACCUUACGGUUUGUGCAGAGGUGGGCUGUGAUAGGCAGAGUGUUGCACAGAGCCUGGAGGGAGCUGCUGGCUCUGGCUGUCCUACUACUGCUGCUGAUGCUGCUCUGCACUCACCUUGGGAAUGUGCUUUUUUCACAAUCAGUAGAAGGUUUCCUGUCAGUACAAGACACCAGUGUCUCAGUCUUGUCCUUUCUUCAUGGUCGGAUCGUCCUGCAAAAAAUCUGCCAGGUCCACCCCAUCCUGGGCCCUCUCUAUGGGCUGCUUCUCAUGGGAGGAGGUGUUUGGGUUUUGGCUAGACUCUGUGGAGCUGUUCUUAUCCAUACUUACAGGACAGAGCAGGCUGAGUUGUUUCAUCCAACCAUUAAACCUCAGGACUAUCAAAUGGUGGAGUUCUUCAUCAAAAGGCUCAAGCUAUGGAUGGGACUCACUAAGGCUAAACAGUUCAGACACAGGGUGAAGUUCAAAGGCAUGGACAUCCCUCCUUCCAGGUUUUCACAGGAAUCUUGUCUCUCCACCCUGUCUUCAACCGUUUCUUAUUCCCGCUCCCCUUCUUUGUCCCCCGCAUUCUCGUCCCCACGUCCUCUAUCCUCGGCUCUCUCCAAUAGGUCUAAGGACUCGUCAGUGUCUGAGCUUGGUUUUGAAGUCCAGCAGUACCUAGACAGUCUGCUGCCCCGUGUUACUGCUCUGCUAUCUCGUUUUGAUCGGGUCAACCAGAUAAGUGAGGACAUUUACAACCUAGAAAUUAAACUGGACGAGGUUCAGACCAGGAGAAGGAAGACAUGGAUGAAUUAUGAGAAGAAAAGUGAAAGAAUCCUUGGAGAGUUAGGAAUACCAACAGGCGCAGAUGAAGGAAGGAUAACAGGAGAAGUUACUCACAGGAAGACCAGUCUCCAUCAUCCCAAGCUACCAGUCUCCCUUCCAUCUACACUCCAGUCCACUCCUGUCCCUUCAGUGUACAUGUUUCCCAAUACAUAUAUCUCCUAUUCCAAGUUUGAGUCAGUAGCAGUUCAACCUCAGCCAGCUAGUGUUGUGCACUCUUCCGAAGUUGCCGACCCUACACCUGGAAUCAGUGUAUUGUAUUCAAAAGCUCCUCAGUUUGAAAAGUUCCCCAGAAGAAGAGCAUGGCAUUCUGGGAGCUCUCAUUCAGCUGAUGCUGCUCAGAGGACAUUCCAAUUCUUGGAAGUUUCUCCAUGUGGAGACGGAGAAGAAAAUUCUGGUUUUAAUCCCAGACCCAAAAGUGAAGAAGGCUUAAGAAGAUCUAUCGGGGAUGGGAUUCCAGUAAAGAGGAAAGCUUGGAUCUCUGAAGGACCAGAGACUGAGUGAGAAACAUCACAAUGGAAGAAAAAUGUCUGUGUCUGGAAAACAGAAUCACUUGGAAAAAAAUGACUGAA